UGGCCACAGUGGCAAGGGAGAAGCGAAGGUGAGCCCGAGCAAGAAGAACGAAGAAGAAGAAGAAGAAGAUAUCAUCCGAAUACCCUCCCUCAUCGCAGAUUCGAGAAAUGGCUUCGUCUUCGAUCUCCGCGACCCUAUUCUCUUCCCUGCCCGUCCCCAAUUCGCAUGCGGUUUGCCAGAAACCCAAGCCCUCCUGCGCGUCCGUACCCUCCGCGACGGCGUUGAAGCUCAAGGCUCUGAAGAGCUCGCGGGCGACGACCGUCUCGGCAGCUCCCGAAGCUCUGGACGCGCAGGAGACCCUCGAUGGUCCCGAUUCCGGCGCGGUCGAGAUGGCUCCGAAGCAGAAAAUCAGAAUAAAGCUUAGAUCUUAUUGGGUGCCCUUAAUAGAGGACUCUUGCAAGCAGAUAAUGGAUGCAGCUAGGAAUACGAAUGCGAAAACUAUGGGUCCCGUGCCGUUGCCAACCAAGAAGAGAGUGUACUGUGUGCUCAAGUCACCUCAUGUGCACAAAGACGCUAGGUUCCAUUUUGAGAUUAGAACCCACCAGCGCCUUAUUGAUAUUCUAUAUCCAACUGCACAAACGAUAGAUUCUCUUAUGCAACUUGACCUUCCUGCCGGAGUUGAUGUUGAGGUCAAGCUCUGAAGAAGCAGCGCUCUAGUUCAGGCGAGGUAUCUUCACAGGCUAGAGGUUUGCUUGCUUUCGCUUUUGUUUUUAGGAUAGCUGUUUUCUUGGUUGAUUGCUUCUCUUCACAAGUCACUGAACAACGAGAGAAAUGUAAUCUUCCUUCUCUUGGUUGUAAGUUAAAGAUAUGUACCUAUUAUUUUGUAACCAGUUCAUGACUUUUCUCAGCACAAGAUUGAUUGAAGAUAGCGUUGCAAUGACCUCAACCAUAAUGCGAUGAUGAAAUCACGGUGCUGGAGCAACGUACAGAUGUCAAAUUCGGAUUCUUAACCGGAGAGAAUCUCCUAAAUUAACCAUAAGUUCUAAGCAGUAAAAUCCUUAUCAUGUUGGAUAGAUUGAAAAAGAUUAUCUGUAAAAUUAGGCUCUGAGCUUAUGAAUUCUUUAAGUUGUAAUUUGUAUGAUUGAGUUAAACUUUUGCUGCUGGUUCUGAGAACUUGAAAUCUGGCCACUCUCUUCUGGGUUUGGUGCAACUUGUUUGAAAUCUAAGAUAUCAAGUAGAGCUUCCCUGGUUUGAUGAUA